UAAAAGAAAGAUCAUAAAAUACUAACCAAAGCUGUUGCUGCCUGUUGCCAAUGUGAAAACGAAAAAGGAAACAGGAAACAAAAGGAGCUACAGAAGAGGUGAAAGUUCUACCAAAAAAUGAAGUCACAUAUAAUUAUGUUGCUGUCCCUGGAAGUACUGGCUCUCCCUGUUUUUGAAGGCAAUGAGCUUCCAGAAACCAAGGAUCGUGACCGCCGGUUCUUGUUGGGAAACAUUUUUGGUGGAAAUAAUCCCCCUACUGCUCCUGUGAAUAUCAAGCCCCCAGUUUUACCUGGCUCCUCCCUGAUAGGCCCAGAAUACUUUUGCCAAGGUGGUUGCCGUGAUGGCUGGAUAAGUUACAUGGGCCAGUGCUACGUCUUUGUUCCAAAUCAGAUGACAUGGGAGCAAGCCGAGUGGACCUGCCAAAAUCAAGCCAAAGGGGGACACCUGACCAGUAUCUCAAGUGCAGAGCACAAUGCUUUCCUUGUAAACCUGGCUACUUAUUAUGGACAAAGAACUGCCCAGUUCUGGACAGGAGGAAGCCAACGAAGAGGAUCUUCCCUAAAAUGGACGGAUGGCUCUCUGGCAAAUUUCAUUCAACGUCCGCUGAGCUCACUUCUUCAUGUGGUUGGGGAAACAAUUAACAGCAUUCUGAGUAUUCGCAUUUGCUUGAAGUUAAAUAUCAAUAUAGGAGGCCAGGGUAACUGGGACGGCUCGGACUGCCAAAAGAAAUUACCCUUCAUCUGCAGCUACAAACCCAAUCUGACACCACCCUAAUCUACAGUGGAAAGACAACGCUGCCAGUUUCUCCUGCAUAACUGUGUUGUUUGUGGAAUAUAGAUAGAUAAUUCACAAAUAAUUACUUUCUUUUCUGGGCCCUUGAAUUCAUUUUCUGGCCCUUGUAUUCAUUUUCUUCCUUUUUUUAAAAUAAAAAAAGCCAAAGCAUCAUUUACUAAUGAGAAUUGGAUAUUGACACAAGACAUUAUUUAGAAUACAACAGAAAGGGCAUUACUUAAGCAAAGUAGGGCUUGAUUUGAGUGCUUAACAAGAUUAUAUGCUACUUAUGCCCCACAGGGCUUUAAAGACUAUUGACAAGCAACCUUUCAUUUAAAAAUAAUUACAAAUCAGUCAUUAAAGCAUUACUUAUUUUUACCAUUUAAUGGCCAGGUCAUAUAUUUCAAAUACUGGAGGCUCUCCUUACUUGUGUCAGAUAAAUCCAUGGAAAGUUAAUUGAAUGUUCUCAUGUUGAGGUUGGGUGCAUAAAAGAAAAGAAAUAUAUUGCUGCAGUUUAACAUCAGUUCAACUAAAAGGCACACAACAAUAAAAGGGACU